AUGGAGGUGAAGGGGCAGCUGAUAAACUCAUCCAGCUAUAGCUCUUCAGAAGCUUUGCAGCGAGAGUUCUGUCCCCGAAUUCGGCUAGAGCGGGUGCAAGAACUCCUGGAAAAGCAGAAGUCUCUCCAGCAGGUGCUCAGCCUACGCCUGAAGGAGCUGCGACGGGUUUGCCUGCAGGAAGCGGAACUGACAGGAAAGUUGCCACCAGAAUAUCCCCUGGAACCCGGAGAAAGGCUGUGGCCAGUGCGGAGGAGAACAAUAGUGGCAUCCCGAAUUGCCCCUGUCUUGAAGAAUGAGGAAAACCCUUCGCUGGAGGAGCUGACCCAGGAUCUGGCACUCCAGCAACAAGUGGCUGAGGCUGCCCGACGGCUAGCGGUUGCCCCCGACUUAACCGUUGAUCAGCGCCGGCGCCGGCGGCAGGUCCAGGCAGAUGUUGUUCAGCGCCUGCGGGAGCUGGAGGUCCAGGUAGUAGAAUGCCGGGCGCGGCUGAGCAAAGGACCCCUCCAGAGGGUUGGCCUCGAAGAGGCAUUUCACUCGGAGAGCAGCUCCCUCUCCGAAUCAGCCAGCCAUGAAAAUGGUAAGCAUCUCCUACUUCUCAUUCUCGGAUGCUUCUAACCUAUGUACCAUCUUCUGUCCUCAGAUGACCCUCGCAGCUUCCAUCCCUCCAAAGUCUCCAACCAUCAGGGAGCUUUCCCAGACAGAUCCUCACCUCCCAAGGCCCGAGAUCACCUACGUGCCAUCUCCAGCAGUCCUGACCGCCGACCAGGUUGGCGAAUUUUGCAGCCGGAUCUGUACAGUGAGGCCAAGGACCGCAGGAACUCUGUUGCCAGCCCAACCAGCCCCAAUCGCACCCUCCCCAGAAGCAUGUCCAGCUUUGAGGGCCGAAGCGUCCCAGCUACUCCCGUGUUAGCAAGAAAUGCAUGCAGUGGAAAUCAUCAAUUAAGGUCAGAGGCCCCAUCUCUCCACUCCCGCCAGUGGUCAGGCAGCCACGAUUCCCAGCUUGGCCCCCCUAGCCGGGACACCAGUGCUGACAGAGCUUCUCUCUUUGCUGCUCGGACCCGUCGAAGCAACAGCUCCGAGGCCUUGAUUGAACGGGCCCCUUCAGAGGAUCCCCUCCUGCCCACUGCCCCUCCUUUUAAGAGUGCUGAGGCCCUGACCCCUUCCACCUCUGGCCGGAUCCCUCGCCCACCUUACAACGAUCUCCUGUUGGACUAUUACCUGGAACGCCGGAGCUGUGGGGGUGGUGAGCAUUUGUCUCGCAGGGAUGGGCCUCCCCAGCUAGAGUGGGGAGCCUUUUCUGAAAGCCCGCUUCAGCGCCGAGCCCGACCUGCGGCCCGCACUAAAUCCUGUGGGCCGCUGCUGCCUCCACAGUCCCGUGAGGUUGGUUAUGGACCCCCCUUGCCCCCUCAUCGCAACUUCCACAAAGCGCUUGCUCUGGAAGGGCUCCGGGACUGGUACUUACGCAACGCUGGAGUUACCCAACGUGGGGCACCCGAGAGGCGAGGACCAUCUCAGUCUGUACAUCAGCACCUGCGCGGCUACUGUGAUCCGGGACCCUCCAACCCCGACGUGGGAUAUUACGGGGGGCCAGGAGGCGGGCUGCCUCACUCUGUGAGCUAUGCGGGCCAGCCACUCUAUGGCAGACCUUUUGCCGACCUGCUUUAUCUGGAAGAUUCUUCUGGUCCUUACAGUUUGGAUUCCACAGAGCACCCAACCCCAGGGACGUUGGUUUGA